AUGUCGGCCACCGUUGGUCCAUUACUCAACGGCACUAUGCCAGUAGUACAUCACUUACAUGAGCACGAGGUGCUCGAGUACGAGAAGAUUCUGAAGUUACGCGAUGAGAUCUUCGCUGGUAGUCACCCUCGACUCUCAGUGCCUGCGCAUGCUGUUCAGCCUCCUUCUGCUCAGUCUCAGUCUCAGUCUUUGUCCCAAUCCCAAUCUCACUUGACCAUUCCUCCCACAUACCCUUCCAGUGCUUCGCAAAGCCGUUCUGCGAACAACCAGCCUACGCGUGAAGAGGAUGCUGCAAGAUCUCAGACACAACCAAAUGGAGGAUUCACCCCUUCCACUCAACCUACCAGUAAUGUUUCUGAGUUUGACCCUGUCCUUUUGACCAAAUCAGAUGACCUAGUCCGGGCUGAAAUCCAACUGAAACGGCAGCGCCUUGAGAAAGGCCUGAGAGACCAAUUUGAGCAGAAGCGAUUUGAUGCCCGUAAGAAGCCUGCUCCCGCCGAGGCCAAACCAGACUUCGACUUGCAAGCCAUCCUCGCCAAAGCCUCCGAUAUCGUCAAAGACUUCUCGCCCAAAGAUGAUGGCUCUGCCACAGAAUCUGUUGAUGAAAACUCCUUUUACUCUAGCAGAGCUCCAGAUUCCAUUCAAGAUGGACAGUCUUCUUCAGGAGAAGAAGAGGGUGAAGCUGACCAGACUUCAGGUCCGCGUGUGAGCGCCGUCAUGGGCUCACCUCUCCAUGUGGAGGGUGACGGUGACGCCUCAACUAACCUGCAAGACCAUCAAUCUCAAAUUUCAGCACCUGUCCAACGUACCCUCCCUGCUGACCCUGCCAUCAUGGAUCUGGAUGAUGAUGAAGAGGAGGAAGGAGAAUACUCGCCGCCAGAAGCAACCGAACAGUAUCCCGUUCAGGGCAACCUCAAUUAUCAAGCUAUGCAAGCCAGUCGAGACCCACGGAGUCGCCCCCUGCGCAGAUACUCGGAUGUAGGUGACAAUGGGAGGAGAGCCCUUUCUCCUAAUGAGGCCAAUAUGCGUAUUGUAAGAAAUCAUAUCACCUCUCCCAUUGCCCCUCGACCAUCUCGUGUGUCUCCUCUUGCUGUAGCUAAGGACCAACCUUUUUCACAGAACGGUCGUCAGUUGCGGCCCCGUCGAGUCCCUCGACCAGGCUCUCCACCAAGCCCCGAUGACUCAAAUACACUACCUGCCCGGAAGAAGCGAAAGCUCGAGAAGCAGAGAAAGAAUCGACGAAACGGUGGCUUCUCGCCAGAUGCUUUCAUUAAGGAAGAAAACGUCUCGCCUCCGCCAUUCCACGACGUACAACCCCUUGGGUCCGGCAGAUUGCGCCCUGUCGCAUCUGACAGACCUAUUGUCAUCCAGGACGACGAACCUGCCCAAGACGUUCGAUACAUGCAACAGCCAACACGAUAUGUGGACUCUCCGUCACGGCCGCUCCCACGGCAAGUUGAACAAUUGAUGCCCUUGAGUGAGCCUCGAGUAUUGUCUAGAGCUAGCAUGCGGCCUGUCCGAGAUGACCAGGACUUGCGUCGUGUGGCCAGCUUGCACAACAUGCGAUCUGAGCCGGGCCGGGACUAUGGUGACCCAUAUUACGAAACUCCUACUCGGAUACGAGCUACAUCUUACGCGAGAUUAGGAAGCCCUGCACUGAUGGAGUCACCACAGCAACCUCGAGAUAUCCCCGUUGAGUAUGACCAGCCACCACAAGAAAGAAGAGUGGUACGGACGCCCGCUCCGGUCUAUCGCGAGGUGUAUGAGGAUGCCGAGGGCGGAUUUCGAUACGCUGUGGAGCCGAUGCCUCCUCCUCCGCCACCCACGCAGAGAAUUAUGAUUGACGAGUACGGCCGGAGAUUCCGCGAGAUUAUUCCAUCCGAGCGUGCCCCUAUGAUUCCAAGAGCUAUGUCGGUUCGAAGAGACAAUGGGGAGCCACUCUACGAGAAUUACCGUUCACCGCGGGCAGGUUCGGUCUUUGUGGACUCGGUCCCGGAUCGAUCUUACGCGUCAGAAAUGCCACCGCCACAGGUCACUUACCGACGUCUCGGAGAACCGACUCGCAGUUCAGCCAUUCCUGGGUCCGCCACAAGAGAAUAUCUGGAUCCCGCGCAAAUGUCCAGGCCUUCCAGCGUCCAAGUCUUGGAUCACGCCUCUCGACAACCCGUUUACGCGGAUGAACGGACCGAGUUUCGCGAGCCAAUGCGCAUGGCCAGCGUUCGACCCACAGCAGGCAGAUACGAGGAGUCGCAUCCAGUGGAGAUGUUUUCGCGAGGUCAAAGUGUGCGCCCUGCAGUCCGGGAAGGGAGCGUGUUCGUUGACGAUAGGUCAAGGCUUCGGCAGGAGUAUCUUCCCGCCGAGCAGCCUCGAUACCGCGCAGUGGAGCCCGAGAAGCGUUACUUUGAUGCCCAGGGAAGAGAGGUCAUCACAAUGGAUGGAGCAAUGGAUGGGAGGCAAAGAGUGGUGGAGAGGUAUUGA